CAGUGUGAGCGCCCCCGGUGCGGAGAACAGACGUGCCGUGGCUUUAUACGUUAAAAUAUUUUCAUACAUCGAUGAACAAUAACAAGGACGCGAUCUGAUCUUUAUUACACGUGACAUUUUAUAAAGACUCAACCAGUGAAAAUUUAUCUGAAAUUGAUGAGUUAUUGGUUUUAUUAUGUUUUUUUGAUAUUUGGAAUGUCUGAACUAAAUAGAAGAGGAGGCGGGUGGCAGAUGACAGCGGUGCCGUCGAGGCAGCGGCAGCGGAGCGUAGCGAGAUGAGCGCACCGCUGUCCGCGGCCGAGGCUCUCUCCUCCUUGUUGUGGCAGCCCUACGAUUGCCGCUCGCCGCCCCUCCUGCGCUCCCGCACCGAUGGAGCCCUGGCCAGCGUGUACCUCGUCGCGGGGGACGGGGCGCUCGGGCACCAGUCGCCGAGCGGCGGUCGUCAUGCGCGCGCGUCGUACUGUGCGACUACUCACGAGAUGCGGCUGCCAGUACCGGCGCCGGCCCCGCUGCGCAAGUCGGAUUCGGUAUCAGUGCGCGUACCCGGUGAACCGAGCCGUUCAAAUGUGUGCAAUGUGAACAUAGUGCAGGUGCGAGAUGCACCCGUUCCUAAUGUGAACAGUGCGGUGCAGACGGAGACGGAGAGGAGUGUAGCGAGUGCGGAGUGUCAGACCGAGGAGCCUGCGCGGCGGCGGCGGGUGCGGCGUGCGCGGGCGCCGCGGGUGCCGGACCUGUUGGAGAGCGUCCCGCCGCCGCCCUACAGCACGCUGCCUCAGCCCGUGCAUCCGGUGUCGGUGCCGGUGCCAGUACCCGUGCCAGUGCCAGUACCGCCGCCCGCACCCAUAGUUGGGCCACAUGCUCCUUCAGCACAUCGCUUUCCUUUCCAGCCCAUACCUCUCAGAUCCGGAAGAGGUGGGGCGUACGCAUGUUCGGAAGUGGAGGGCAGUGCCCCCAAGUCCUGUUGCGGUCGUCCACCGUUGAGGCUCUGUGUGUUGUUCCUGGGGGUUGUGGGGGCCUGCCUCGUAGCCGCCGGUGCCGUACUCGGAGCCCUAAGACCACAUCCGCGAGCACCACUCACAUUACUGUUACUUAUGAUAGGUAUAGGUGUGGUGCUAGUGACAGCGGCUGGACUAGCGUGGCGGCUCGGUGCACGCGAUGCGCCCUGCGCCUUCCUCGGUAUAAGACGAGCGUCGUGUCGUCGGUUUGUUCCCCGAUUACCUCCGAGCUACGCACGACCUCAUCAUCCGUACGCGGCCAUGCUGUACCCUGAGUUUCAUUAUAGACCUCCACCACCCACUUAUCAAGCUUCCAUGCAGGAGUAUAGACUAAGGUUGCUUCUCCUAGACAGAAGUGCGCCCGCGGUGUCCCCGCCACCUACCUACAGGUCGAACUCAGCAAGUCUAGUCAGAGGAUCAAAUGGUGCUGCAUGGUGUGGCUCCGAGUACAGCGGACCUCCGUCAUAUCGAGCACCUCGCUCCGAUCCACCUGUAACUGUAUCAGAUAAUCUGCCGAUCACACCGCUCGACCUCAAGUACACGGACAACACUAUAGAGAGCCUGCCAAAACCAACAGAACAAGAGAAGGAUCCAGAUGAACAUCUUGUGACGAUCGUUCACACAGAGGCCCAACCCGUAAUCGUCACCGUAUCCGGCUCCGCGGCCCUGAACGAUACGCACAUAACACCGCCGUCGGAAAUUGACAUAUUGGCACACUUAUAACACACUGGUCGUCAUUUUGAAGACUAGAAAGUGAUAUAUUGAAGUUGAUGCAUUGAUGCACUUUGUAAAAGGAAUGUUGAUGAAUCAAAGAUGUCGAAUAGUGCACAAUAUGAACUAGACAAUGCUAUUUCAAUUACAAAAUUCCUCAGCUUUGAGCUACAAAGCUGAAAGCACUAGGUCGCUAUAAAGUUCUGGCAUUCAAUUUAUGUUCGGGUCUUUAUAAAUUUUGGCUGAGUCCGAAGCGAAAAGUACCUUAUUAUCGUAUAAAUAAGUUUUUAUUGUACAUAGAUAUAUCGACGUAUUGAUUGAUAACUAUUAGGUGACGAAUGCCGUGUACAUACAAAAUAAUAAUAAACCAAAAUCUUCACCAUAAUGUACAACAUAUAUUUUAAUUAGUGCCAAUGGUUGUGUAGUGUAUUAUUUUAUUUUGUUAUAAAUCAACUUCAUUUAUAUAUUAAUUUAAGAACCUCGCUAACGUUUCUGUACCUUUUUAAUCGAGUCCCAGCAAAUAAUGCCAAUAUAUUUUGUUCCAAUAUUUAAAUCAUUGAUAGCAAACAUACUUUCUACGCUUUAUUUAUGAAUCGUCUUCUUCAUAGGUAGAUUUUUUAAGCAAAUUAAUACGUUUAUUGUAAAUAGUUAAAAUGAUCGCACGAUAACUAAUAUUUAGUGAUAAUGUACAAGGUUUUUUUUUGAAGCGGUUGCCACGUAUAGUAUUAUUAGAUGUAGCUGUUAAUGAAAUAUUAAACGCGUUUAAUUUGUUUUAAUCAUUUGAAUACUUCUAUAUAAAAUUCUUUUAUAUAAACAAAAAAAAAUUACAUUAAAAUAAUAACUUCUUGAUAUUUGUUCAUAUAUUACGUGAACGAACCGCUUUAUUAUAACAUGAAAUAUUUGAUAACAAAUUUAUUAUCUGUGCAGAUCUAAGUAAUGUUAAGGUAAUGUAUCAUAUUUUUUAGUCGAGAAUUGUAACAUUAUAUGUAAUUAAUAUUCUGUAAAUAGAGUUAUUUUUAAUAUAGGAAUGAAUAAAGAAAAUUAGUGAAAUAUA